AUGGUAAAACCAACAUCGGCUUUAGAUAGUACAUCAGCUGUAGCAUUAAUGGAUGUUCUUCGUGAUUUAGCAAUGCAAGGCAAAACAAUAAUUACAUCCAUUCAUCAACCAUUAUCACAAAUUUUUCAAUCAUUCGAUCAACUUAUUCUCUUAGCUGAUGGAAAAACUAUUUUUAUGGAUAAACCAUGUGAUGUUUUACCUUAUUUUGCUACAAUGGAUAUGAAAAUUCGUGAACAACUUAAAGAUGCAUAUCUUCAAAAUAAAAUAAUUGGACAUGUAAAUACUAUAUCUAAUCAAUUACAAUCACAAUAUUCAUUAACUGCAAGAGAAUAUUUAUUAGCUGAACCAUCUGGAAAUGAAGGUGAUCUAACUAAUCCAGAUAAUGUUAAUUUAAUACCAAAUAAACAUGAAAAUAAAUGGUCUAUUGGAUUUUUCUUACAAAUGUUAAUUCUUUUUUCACGUGUAUUUCUAUUAACUGGUAAAAGUCAAUUUACAUUUCUUAAUUUUGUACAAUCAUUAGGUUUAGCAGUUAUUAGUGGUUUAUGUUGGUUAAGAAUGGAUGGAUUUUGGUGA